UGCACGCAGCACAGUCUAUACAGUCAGUGACUUACUAAAAUUUCGAAAUACGCGAGUGAGAUAGAAGGAUCCGAAAGAAGCCCAACGAUUAGACUCCGGUGGCAGCCUUUUCCUGCACAAGUGGUUCUUGAUCCGGCAAUUCAGGUGUCCUGCUCCGUAGCCUCUGCUUGGCCGUAGCGACGCUACGACUGAACUGAACUGAAGUCUGUACUGAGAGUGAGAGGCGCCCGUGUAGUGCGCCGGUCAAGCACAACUACUGAACUAGUACAAUACUAGUAUUAGUAACUCCCCCAGCGCUCAGCGUGGACAAUAUUGUGAACAGGAGUAGUCCUGCACAUUGCUGCAGCACGGAGUCCAUUGUCACCGCCACUGGAUCAGAAUUACACUGGAGAUAGGCGUCUACCUACUGUAUCUGGCUGUUUCUAGCUGAGCGGCCUGUACGAGCAGCGUCAACCGCCAAGCCGUGUGGCACUCGCUCACUCCUCAUAUUCAUAAGCCGAUUAUUCCGUGCAGCGGGGCUGCGUGAUUUUCAACGCCUAGCAGCUACAGAACCCAUCCACACUUCAGUCAUGUUGGCACAUCUAUCAGCCACCUCGGCCUUUGUAGCAGCAUGCGUGUGGAGUAUUUUGUUCAAAAAUGUAUUGGGCCAAGUGUGUGUAGGAACUGGUCUCCCACCACGAAAGACGUUGGGUUUGGUCUUCUGCCGUCGAUUUUCCGACAAUGCGUGCUGCACGCCCGCACUGGACGCUGAGAACGAGGAGAUGUUUGGAAACCUAGUCAACGUUGGCUCUAGCUGCCGAGUGCGGGGCAAUGUCCGCAACCAUCCGAUGGCCGAGUUCUACUGCCUGAACUGCGAUCCCAAUCAGCCACAGUUUCUGGUGAAUAGCACAGUGUAUAUCUGCAAAGAAUGGGCUGAUGACAAGUUUGGCACCGGCUCUGAGCUCUUCACCAAAUACAAUCUGGACCAGUGUGGCCUAUACGCAGCUGGAGCAUGUCCAGGCAGAGAUCGCUACCAAUGCGGCGACGACCUCAUCCUACCAGCGCCCAAUGCCUCCAGUGAUGCCGGCGUGGACAUUGUACGGACCGUGUCGGAACUGCUCAACUUUGCUAACCUUGGGCCACCACUGUUUGAGGAAGGCUACACGUUCAGCAUAGUUGCCAAGGCCGAGCUGCCGGCUGGUGUGACAGCAUGCUACGGCUCGGCGUCCGCCCUCUCUCCCAUGAUAGCGCUGCUUACACUCUCAGUGUUCUUAGUUGCGGCUGCUGUCAUGUGACUUGUGCCAUUCUAGACCCCCCCCCCCCUCCCCAUAGCCCCAUCUAUUUUCAAAUGAUGCAUAGUCUAGAUAUCUGUACACGAUUCCAAUUUUACCAAGCCAUGGCUAUGCUGCCUGACUUAGAUUAAGUGCAUGUUAGUGAGUUUCAAAUUGAGUAGAGGCUUGUGCAAUUUACAAUGUAACAUAAUGGUGACAUAAUGAUGAUGAUGAGAUCGGCGGUUGCUCCUAAUUCCUAGCACUACGUGAUUGCAGAACAAUCAUCAGUUUGCCCCCAGAAUUGAAUAACAACUUACCAGUUGAUGCUAAACUCAACAGUCGCCAGUGGUGUGCAAUGAACAUAACCCAUUCGGCCGGAAUGAAACCAGGCCUCAUGAAUAGAAGUGCUAGCUUAUAUCGGAUGACUCAGUUUGUUUUGACCGAUAUCGUGAAAUAUUGUUUGACAAUAUCGGGAACGUUUAGCCUGUCACCAGCUAUUUGCAAAGGUUCAGCAUAAUUUUUUUCUUUCCUUUCUUCUUCUCUUUACUAGAAUGUUUACUACUCAAUAGUACUCCUCCCUUUUUUCAUUAAAAAUAGAUUUUUUAACUCUUUUGUCUUGUUGGCCCGUAGACAGUGACAAUCACCAUCUCCCUCCAUCGGCCUCAUAUUAUUUGUGCAGCUGGACUGUUGAGCUUCCGAUGUGAAAUAAAUGAUAUGAAUGUGAAUAUGCUUGUGCAAUGCAAUCCAGCCUCGCUGAA